CCAUCCCCUUCAGAGAGAGGAGAGAGAGACGCCCCCCGCCCCCAAAGAGAGAGAGAGACAGAGAGGAGAGAGAGGCGGUGGUGGCGGCGGCGAUGUGUGCUUAUGAUGGCGAGGACGCUGUGCCCGGGGCCCGGCCUGCCCAAACACUGUGCCCUCCAGACUCGCUUCUCAUACACGCGGAUGAAAUACCUCUUCUUUUCCUGGUUGGUAGUAUUUGUGGGGAGCUGGAUCAUAUACGUCCAGUAUUCUACUUAUACAGAACUGUGCAGAGGGCGCGACUGUAAGAAAAUAAUAUGUGACAAAUACAAGACUGGAGUCAUUGAUGGGCCUGCCUGCAGCAGCCUUUGUGCUAAAGAAACUCUUUACUUUGGAAAAUGCUUAUCAACUAAACCCAACAACCAGAUGUAUUUAGGAAUCUGGGGUAAUCUACAGGGUGUUGUAAAAUGCCAAAUGGAACAAGCUCUUCAUCUUGAUUUUGAGACCGAAUUGGAGCCGAGGAGAGAAAUAGUGCUGUUUGAUAAGCCAACUCGAGGAACAACCGUCCAGAAAUUCAAAGAAAUGGUGUAUAGUUUCUUUAAAGCUAAACUGGGUGAUCAAGGAAAUCUACCUGAAUUAGUUAAUCUCAUCCUCUCGGUUGCGGACGGAAACAAAGAUGGUCGCGUUUCCUUACCGGAGGCCAAAUCAGCGUGGGCUCUCCUCCAACUAAAUGAGUUUCUGCUCAUGGUCAUUCUUCAGGAUAAAGAGCACACACCCAGAUUAAUGGGGUUCUGUGGAGACCUCUACAUGACGGAGCGAGUCGAAUAUACCUCUCUUUAUGGAAUAAGCCUUCCGUGGAUCCUCGAGCUUUUCCUCCCCGCCGGUUUCCGAAGGAGCAUGGAUCAGUGGUUUACACCCUCGUGGCCCAGGAAGGCUAAAAUCGCCAUUGGGCUGCUAGAAUUUGUGGAGGACGUUUUCCACGGGCCUUACGGAAACUUUCUGAUGUGCGACAUCAGUGCCCAAAACUUGGGGUACAACGAUAAGUACGAUUUGAAGAUGGUGGACAUGAGGAAAAUCGUGCCGGAAAUGAGCCUGAAAAGGCUCAUCAGGGACCGUCACUGUGAGUCCGACGCGGACUGCGUUUACGGUACGGAUUGCAGAACUGUUUGUGAUCGGGGCAAAAUGAAGUGCACCUCAGAUGUGAUACAGCCAAAUCUGGCCAAGGCGUGUCAGCUCCUCAAGGACUACUUGCUUCGUGGGGCUCCUACAGAAAUCCGGGAAGAACUGGAAAAACAGCUGUAUUCGUGUAUCGCCCUUAAAAUCACAGCACAGCAGAUGGAAAUGGAGCAUUCUUUAAUAUUAAAUAACUUAAAGACAUUACUGUGGAAGAAAAUCUCUCACACAAAUGACUCUUAGUUCCUCUGACGGAAGACACUGUUGCCACUAGCGGAAAUUUAACCACUUUGACAACGUUUCUCUUUUCAACACUUACUUCCAUUUAAUGCAGACAUCGUUCCCCGUUCGCUCCACCUUCGUGCUUUCCUUCCAAAGAUCUGUCGCCUUGACUCACAGGAAGAACGGGUCGUCUCAGAGAGAAACUGAUCGAUUGAAUUGAUUUGGAAAGAGCUGAAGAUGAGGGUGGUAACGACGUCUAGAGAAUCUAGGCUUCCGAGACGUCGCCCGAAACCAGAUUCCUGACGACAAGCGUCCGCUGAGUUAUCUCGACUAACGACUCCUUCAUUACGCUGUGAAGAAGCUUCCUUCUCAUGUGAAUGAACACACAAGUCACUGGAAGAUGAUUUUUUGCAAAAGUUGCUCCAAAAGACAGCUCCUGGAACUUGCGAGAUUGAGCCCAGUCGGCUGUCAAAAAAAAAAAAAAAAUUUCAAAGACUUUCGUGGGUGAAGUUUACUAACAUUUCAGCAUGGCAAAAAUUGCACAUUAAUGGAAAAUUUCAAUUGCUAAGCAGGCGGCGAGAAUUAAAAUUACUCCUUGGUGUGAA